AUGACCGUGGAAGAGUACCAAGUGGCCCAACUUUGGACUGUUAUUGAGGCUUCAAAAAACGAAACCGGUGGUGGAGAGGGUGUGGAGAUACUAGUUAACGAACCGUUUUCCGCGGGCACUGAAUAUGCUCCAAAAGUUGCACUUCCUGGUGGCGAUGCACACACCAGCGGUCAAUAUACACUUAAAAUCUAUCAUUUGGCGUCAAAGGUUCCCGGUUUUAUCAGUGCUCUCGCUCCGGCGAAUUCGCUGAAUGUCAAAGAGGAGGCGUGGAAUGCGUUUCCUUACUGUCGCACUGUAAUCACGAACGGCUAUAUGAAAGAUAGUUUCUUUCUGAAGGUUGAAUCAAUGCACGUCCAAGACAAAAUUGACAUUGAAAAUAUUCACGAGUUGUCGCCCGAAAACUUGGCGAAACGCGAAGUGAUCUAUAUCGACAUUGCAAGCGAUCCCGAUCGCGGAUACAAGGCUGAAUGGGAUCCUAAGCUUUUCCAGUCCAAGACAACCGGACGUGGACCUCUUUCUAAACAACGGUGGUGGGAGAAUACUGACAUGCCAGUAAUGUGCGCCUACAAGUUGGUGACUUGUGAAUUCCAGUGGUGGGGUCUGCAAACGGUGGUGGAGAACUACAUCGCCAGAUUGGAACAACGUAUUUUCCACACCUUCCAUCGUCAAUUGUUCUGUAGCAUUGACAGUUGGCAUGGUCUUUCAAUGGACGACAUUCGCCGACUAGAAGCGCAGACCAAGUUAGAGCUCGACAAGGUACGUUUUGGGUCACGUUGCUUUUGA